AUGGAGGGAUUGAAACCUUAUAGUGGCGUUGAUGUUCCUGUUGACUGGUUGUAUAGGGGUAAGAAACUAUCAACUAAACCAAGUCUCUCAAGAAGUAAUAGUAAUCCUGUCGUCUCCCAAAGAACACGGUCUAAUGGUAGUGUAAAAGAUACAACACAUGAGGACGAUGCGUUGGAUUUUGAAGGGGGACCUCCAGCAAGUGCUCCCAUGCCAAAGCGAAGAACUAAACAAGACGAACAACGACAAAUUCAAGGACAGCAGCAGCAGCAGCAGCAGCAACAGCAGCAACGACGUGGUAGAUCUGUCUCUGUUUCUUCUAAUGAUUUUAGGAAAAAUGAAGUUCUGGGAGAAAGAUCAAAAAAAUCACUGUUUGGAUCAAUUUUCCAUCGUGGUUCACAUACUUCAGGUUCAGUUCCGAAUUCAAGGAUGAGUUCACCUAAUUCAUCAGCUGUAGGUUCACCUGAGCUGAAACCUCAGGUAGCUCGUACGACACCUGAUAAAAUGUCGUUAGCUCCGCCUCCAAAGGCUAAACCUGUAGAUCCAUUAGAAAAGCUUUCUAAAGUACCUAUGAAGCGAGUGUCAUUUGCCGUUGAUAAAUUCAGCAAUGAUCCUCCUCAACAGCUGCCCUCGAGACGUCCUAGACCAGGGAACGUUAUGGUUCCCGAGGAUAUGGUUUCAGAAGCACCCGCCAUUUCAUUGGGAAUUACAAACAACGGAGCAUCAGCUGCAAGGGAGCCUAGGUACACCAAGGAUUCACGAGAGUACAAACUGGCGUUAGAAAAUCAGAAAAGAUUACUGAAAGAAUCCGCGAAGCACCAACAAGAAGCACACAUGGCGGCAAAACAUAUGGAACAUGAAGUCACAUCUUUGAAAAAUGGCCAUCCAUUUCAUUCUGGCUUAAGUUUUUUUGGUAAUGGUGCAAGACCCAAGACUCAUGAAAAGGAAAAAGACACUGAAACUGAAUUGGAUGCUCGUGUUGCGAAACUAUCCAUCGACAAGCCGAUUCAUGUCAAUGAACAUCCUUUCCAAAGUGAAGGUGAAGGAACUGGUUAUAUUUCAGAUGAGGACAAGGAGAUUACAUUAGAUGUGGUUUAUACGAGGUGUUGUCAUCUGCGAGAGAUUUUACCAAUUCCUUCUACCCUGAGACAAGUCACAGGUAAGAGUGCUCCACUGCAGGUUCUAAAAUUUUUGAAUCCUCGACCUACUCUGAUUGAUAUACUAUCAUUUUGUGAUUUCAUAUCUGUUGUACCAAUCAAUACUGUGGUCUUUGAUAAAGUUUCUUUGACCCCAGAAAUGUUUCAGGUUGUAAUGGUUUCACUGGUACACUCAAAGGCUCUGGAAAAAUUAAGCUUAAGAAAUGUCGUCAUCAAUAGGGAAGGCUGGCGCUUGCUCUGUAAAUUUCUCAUGAUUAACAAAUCCAUUACCAAAUUGAAUAUCUCACAAACGAGAAUAAGAUCAGCUUCGGAUGAAUCUAAAAACAGAGAUCAAAUGGAUUGGCCGCUUUUCUCUCAAGUAUUGAGGAAAAGAAGGGGUAGACCUUUGGAAGAAUUAUUGUUGAACGGUGUACGAUUUGACAAGUUACCUUCCGAACAUUUCUGCCAACUGAUCACUGCAUUCGCUGAACAACCAGGUCUACAGACAGGUAUAAGAUUAGGAGUUGCAGCAUCAGAAAUAAAUUUGGAAUGUAUGAAGUUUUUACUCUCAUGGAUGUCGAAAUAUAACGUGCAAGGUGUGGACCUGGGCUAUAACGACCUUUCAGCGUUUGUUAAGGUCAUUGCUAACAAAUUGUCUUCAUUAAAUUAUGACCGACUGGAAUAUUUUACAUUGAAUAGCAGUUGCUUAUCGUCGGGGAAUGAUUUAGGACUAUUGUUGAAAUAUUUGGCAACUUUGCCGCGCUUAAAAUUUUUAGACAUAAGCAAUCUGCCACAGUGCUUCCCAGAGGCAUUGACUUUCUUACACAAGUAUUUGCCUAAAUUCCCCCAGUUAAGCAGAAUACAUGUGGACAGUGAUAACUUGUCGUUCAAGAAUUUAUCACUUUUAUGCACGAUUUUCCCCAAAUGUCGUUCUUUGAAUCACGUUUCAAUACAGGGUCAAGCAUUAACGGAACCAAAAGAUCCAGAAUCUUCGGAAGAAGUUUCGCAAUUUACAAAGAAUGCGUUGGCGGCAAACUUGCUGGCUCUCGUCAAGAAUUCUCCCAAUUUGGUCAAUUUGGAUGUGGAUUACGACGAAGUGCCUGACGCGAUUAGAUCUAGAAUUGCACUUACUUUAAUGCAUAACAUGAAUAAGAAUAUGGAUUCGAAUUUCCAAAUCGAUGAUCUAUCGAAACAAGAUGAGCUACUAUUUGAUGGUUCUUUGUUAGCGGAAACUGCAGAAACCAUUUUGGACCGUCUCGAUAAGAAAUCAUAUGUGGAGACAGAUGCUACCAAGAGGUACCUAACCAAGAAAUACUUUGAACAGACUCAACACGUUCACAGUAAAGUUCAGACUACUAUCGACAAAAUGUUCGAUAGGAAGAAAUAUGGUGAAUUGCCAUUGAAAGAAAAGGAAAAUUUGUUGAGAUUAGUGUUACUGGAGAAAAAUCUGGCCAAUGUGUUGGAUAUCUUUGCAGGUUUACCGGAUUUAUCCAAACUUGCGAAAUCUCAAAACUUAAAACUGCAAAUUCCACAGCCUUAUUUGAAACAUGUUGGUUCCGAAGAUAUCUUAGAGAGUCCUGUUGCUGCAUUUGAAAAUCCAGAAAACGCUAUUAGACCUCAUUUGAUGGCUUCAGAUUCGGGUAAAACAAUUGAUGUUGCUACUGGUAAACCAGUUCUCUUCAAGAAAAGUUCAACUACGUCCUUGCACUCCAAGAGACAAGAACAAGAAGAAGGUGAAUUGCAUAAAUGGGGGUUCUACGUGCAACAACGUAAUGCUAUAUAUCCAGAAAGUGAUUUGAGUCAUGAAGCUCGAAAUGGCGCCAAUGCGAAUGAACCACCAGUGGUGCCAACACCUGCACCAUCUGCAAGACCAGGUUUCUCUUCUCCCGCCAAGAGAAGAGUUUUACCGAAGAUCCCAUCUGGUUCAGAAUUGAGAGAAGCAAUUAUUAAGGCUAAAGGUAUUGAUUCCAUUAAUGAUUUAAUCAAUGAUGUAGAAGAAGAUCGGUCCACUUUGGAAAACAUUUAUGGUAGGCCAUUCGAUAUUGGAGAUCCUAAUAAUCCAUCGAAUGGUGCUGCAGAUUCAAAGAAUGUAGUUACACCCUCUGCAGCACCUUCAACAAAUUCUCAUGGACCUCCCCAUGAUGUGAAUAUGGCGAGUGAGGAUGAUACGGUACAAGAGACCUAUGAAAAGCUGCUGAACAAUUAUUCCAAAGAACGGACCCCUAAAUAA